AUGAAUGUAGGAUACGGAGGCGAGAUAAUCAAGGAUCUCAACCGGAAUGUCCAGCGUUCGUUGCGGGAUUACUUCAAAAAGCUCUCGUCCGCGAUCAAGGCCCAGCUUGACGCGCAAAUGGACGACUAUCAGAAGGGCAAGCGGAAGGACCGACCAAAGGACCUUUCGAUACAAGACCUGGAGAAUGCCGUGGUGUCGAAAUUCAAAUACAUGUGGUUUGAACGUCCUGAGACUUCUCUGGUCUCUGCUCGAACGGACGACAUGAUCAAGUUUGGGAAGAUGAAGAUACUGAAGAAGAUGCUGUGGACACACGAGCCGUACUGGGCUAGCGAUCUGUCGGAAUCGGUUCUGCGCAUGACCCCGAGGCUCCCUGGCGCACACGUCCUACAGUGUUUCCUGGUCAGGUAUUAUCCGCAACAGUACGUGUGGUGUUACGCCAGUUUCCCCGUGGAAGAAAAAUUGCUGUACCAGAAGGGGUUCAAUGGUGAACAUGAGUACUGGUGGGGAAUAAUAGGACAGCCACCCUCGACGACCGAUAUCGGGUUAGGGACAUUUGCGGGCGUGUGA